GCAAAUGAAGCCCUAAGUCGCUCCUCCACUGACGUGUUUGUUAUCUCUUCCUACUACUUUGUUAUCGCAUUCACAACCAAAGUGACUAGUGCUCCUCUCCUCUACUCUCUAUAUAUUCUUCUUUCUUCCCUGCUCAAGAUCCCUCUUCUUCUCCCACUUCAUCAUUAGCUCGCCAUUAAUUUCUUCAGGAGAGUGAUGGGCCAAGACGAGGCCAUAUCCGCGGCCUACUUCCUAGCCUCCAGCGAGCUGGCCGCAUGCUCGACGCCGGCAGCUGAGAGGAGGUUGCGGCCGCCACCGCCUCAGAAAGAGCCGCUCAGGUGCCCGCGGUGCGACUCUACGAACACCAAGUUCUGCUACUACAACAACUACAGCCUCUCGCAGCCUCGCUACUUUUGCAGGAGUUGUCGCCGCUACUGGACCAAGGGCGGCUCGCUCCGCAACGUCCCUGUCGGCGGCGCCUGCCGCAGGAACAAGCGCUACCGUCCUGCCUCUGCCGCCAUCUCGGCUGCCACAACAGUGCAGCCCGUACAGUUGCCGAAUUUCUCAACCAACGACGUCUGUUUAAAUAUCAUGAACAACUGCAAACAUGGACUCGGAGACAUGAACACGCUCGGGCUUUGCACGGAGGAGGAGCCCUGCCAAAAUCUAAAGUUUUUGUUGGAUGGUGAAGGAUCAUCCUGCAUGAACAAUAUUCUCUCUAUCGGGUGGCCAGAAUCGAUCGGCUACUCUGACGAUGGAUCGUUAUCAUCGUCAUGGGCUCUAUGAAUGGGAGUGCAACGAAGGGACGCAUGCUUGAUUCCAUAUUUUGUUUUCUGAAUGAAGGGACGUGCUGAUGAUGUAUAUUUUUUUUUUCCAAUCAAUUGAAUGUUAAAUUUCAAAUUAAGAGUUGUUUCAUAUGGAAGAGAAACACCAAUCUUCAUUUGACUUUCUUG